AUGCGUAUUUACAGGUUGCAAAACAGUUUGGUCGCGUUGUUUUUCUUUGCAGUUGUAAUAAUAUAUUGCACGGGACCAAUUGUAAUUGUUGCUGCAAACUCAGCCGACGUUAGGCAGUUUUCCCAGCAACAUGAACGCCAUGGUUUCAAAAACAAUGUAUUGGUGAACAAUCUGGUUAAUCACCAGAACAAAAUAAAACAAAAUAACGAACAAGGAGAAAAGUCAAGGUUUAAAGGGGAAGCGCCGAUCAGUCAAGAAACGCGCUACUCCCCUACCUGGGCAUCUAUAGACUCUCGACCUAUACCGCAAUGGUACGACGAAGCCAAGAUCGGAAUCUUUCUUCACUGGGGUGUGUUCUCGGUUCCCAGCUACGUCGGAGCAUGGUUCUGGUAUUACUGGAAGGGACCAAACCCAAGACAAGAUGUUGUCGAUUUUAUGAAGAAGAAUUACAGACCAGAUUUUACCUAUGCAGACUUUGCAUCUAUGUUUACAGCAGAGUUUUACAACCCGGAUCAUUGGGCUGAUAUAUUUAAGGCCUCAGGAGCACAAUAUGUUGUUCUUACAACCAAGCAUCAUGAGGGGUUUUGCAACUGGCCAACCAAUCACUCAUUUAACUGGAAUGCAAUGGAUGUUGGCCCCAAACGUGAUCUUGUUGGAGAUCUUGCUGUAGCCGUUAGAAAGCAAGGCCUACGAUUUGGCACCUAUCACUCUUUGUUUGAAUGGUUUCAUCCUCUGUACCUCCAGGACGUGGCAAACAAUUUUACAACACAAGAUUUUGUCAUCGCAAAAACAAUGCCAGAGUUGUAUGAGUUGGUGAACACAUAUAAACCAGAUAUUGUUUGGUCUGAUGGCUGUGCUGGUCCAGACUACUAUUGGAACUCUACAGAAUUCUUAGCUUGGUUGUAUAAUGACAGUCCAGUGAAAGAUUAUGUUGUCACCAACGACAGAUGGUGUAGUGACUGUCUAUGCAAACAUGGUGGAUACUUUACUUGUGACGAUCACUAUAAUCCAAAAACCUUACAGGCUCGUAAAUUUGAGGACCCAACAACAGUAGAUAAAAAAGCAUGGGAGUUUAGGCGAGACCUGCAGCUGAGCGAUGUGCAUACAAUGGAAGACAUUACCACAUUGAUUGCUCAGGUAGUCAGUUGCGGAGGUAACUUGCUGAUUAAUGUGGGCCCCACAAAAGAAGGAAUCAUUGUACCCAUAUUUGAGGAACGUCUGAGACAGAUGGGACAGUGGCUGUCUGUUAAUGGAGAAGCGAUCUAUGCCUCAAAACCAUGGACAUAUCAGAAUGACACAAUUACUCCUGAUGUUUG